AAUAUGCGAUUUUAGGAAUAGUAGGUACCCAAAUAGAACAAUGUUUCGUCAGGUGAAUGAAAUGAUAAGUAUAGUGAAGUAAUUAUUCAAUUACCUAAUAAAACAAGAGGCGUGUUCGUGGUGCAGAUGUGAAUUUUUUUUUUUUUUUUUCGACAAAGGAGAAACAAUGAAUCAAAAUGAGGAAUUCGACGUCAAAUUCAACGCAAACUGCUACAACAUUUACGAGUUCCUCAACAACCAUCCCGGUGGUACGAAUUAUCUCAGGCCAUACCAGGAAAAAGAAGUUACUAAACCGAUGAAACAGUAUCAACAUUCCAAAGCCGCCUAUUAUUUAUUAGAAGAAUACAGGAAAGGAGGGAGGAAGAUUGAAGAAAAUAGUGAUAUGGAGAAAUUGGUGGAUUGGGACAAGCCCAUGUUGGGUCAGGUGACGAGCUUAGGAAACAAAUACUACGAAUGGGUGACGUCACCGGUAGAUAGGCGACUCAGGUUGUUCGGUAAUCCCAUUCUAGAAAAUCUCACGAUAACGCCUUGGUACGUUGUACCCAUUAUUUGGAUACCCGUUAUCAUCUACGUCACUCUGAUUGGCGUACGGAAAUAUAUACAAAUUACCAAAGAUUCCUCCCCGACAACAAUUGCGUUUUACUUUGGUGAAGGGGUGUUAUUAUGGACUCUGAUAGAAUAUUCUUUACAUCGAUGGGUGUUUCAUAUAGAACCCACCGGCAAAUCCAAAAUGAUGAUUUAUUUUCAUUUCACCAUACAUGGCCUUCAUCACAAAGUUCCGUUCGACUCCAGACGCCUGGUGUUUCCCCCAUUCCCAGCAGCCAUCCUCACCUUCGUCAUCUACCAGAUGCUCUGCCCCAUCUUCUCCGAAUCGACGAUAUUCCUGGUUCUUGGAGGGGGUUUAUCGGGCUACGUGACCUACGACAUGAUCCAUUUCUAUUUGCACCACGGAGCGCCGACAGAAGACAGUUACUUGUACCACCUGAAGAGAUAUCACAAUCAGCAUCAUUUCGCGCAGCACGAAAGCGGUUUUGGUAUCAGCAGCAUGUUUUGGGAUAAAGUGUUCGGAACUGCUUUGAAGCUGAGGAAACUCAAUAUUGGAAUAAAGUGGUGAAAACUAACUAACGCAACAUAAACAUAAUUUUAUCUUCGCAUCAAGUGUGUUCUUCUUAUACGAGUGUGAUUUUUACUAGCAUUUGUAUAGUGACUUUAUAUUUCCUAUUGCCUUAAUUUUAGAAGAAAAUAUAUUUUUUGAGUGGCUCAUU